GCGGUCGUGUAGUGUGGUGAGGAAGCUGUAGUGCUCCGCGGACCACAGCAAGAGUGUUUGCCGUCUAACUUUGGACAAUUAUCGACAUUGGAGAAGUAGCCACUAAAGCCGAAGUGGCCGCCAUUGUGGAAGACGAUUGUGCACGUGAUUCUGCGGCCCACCUGAUUGGCUUAUCAUUCAGUACUACAAAUGAACAGACCAUCAGCCUGCGAUGUAUCGGCCUGGAUCCCGCCUCUAGAGAGUGACGACAGUGGUCUCAGUGACAGUGAGGACUGUGAUGGAGACUUUGAACGUAAUCUUUUGUGUGAAGAUGAAAGUACUGAUGAAGACUGCACUGCGCCUACAAGCCCCAGUGCCACUACUGGGACAAGAGAGAUUCAGUGGGAAACUGUGCCACAACAGAACUCUACUAAAGACUUCCCAGUUUGGGGAGGGGCUCGGUCUCAUGUUGAAGAAAUCAAGCAGCCCAUUCAGUACUUCAGAUACUUUUUUCAUAAUGAUGUUUUGGAGCUUAUUGUACAACAAAGUAAUCUUUUUUAUUUUCAGCAAAAACACAGUGCUCUUAAUCUGGAUCAAAAUGAAUUGGAGCAGUUUCUUGGGACACUUUUGUACAUGAGUGUCAUACAGUUACCACGGUCCCGGCUCUACUGGUCCGCCGAAUGCCGUGUGGCACAGGUGGCUGAUAUCAUGUCCAGAGGCAGAUGGGAAGAAAUCAAGGAAUUUAUUCAUUUUAAUGACAACAGCAACCUGGCAUCCAACAAUGAUAAGCUUUAUAAAAUCCGUCCAUUUAUCAAUUUACUCCUCACAAAAUUUCAUGUUCUCCCACAAAACCAAAUGUUGUCUGUUCAUGAGCUUAUAGUGCCUUUCAAAGGAAAAACUAAUCUAAAGCAAUAUUUUUCCAAUAAACUAUACAAAUGGGGAUACAAAAUCUUUGUGCUUUGUGACACAAAUGGCCUGGUGCAUUCUUUUGACAUAUUUACAGGGUACUCUGAGCCUCUCCCUGGGGAACCGGACAGGGGAGUGGGAGGAAAUGUUGUGCUUAAGUUUGCACAAGUCAUUCCUAGUUCUGCCAACCACUUACUGUUUUUCGACUCAUGCUUUUCUUCUUUGGAUUUACUUGUUGUACUGGCAAAUAAGGGGAUACCAGCCCUUGGGGCAAUGAAGCAAAAUCGGCUGCCUGGCUGCAGUUUCAGCAAGGAUGGCGUCAUGAAGAAGAAUGGACGAGGGUCUUUCGAGGAGAAGAAGGUUGUUAUUGAAAGUGUCGAAAUCAGAGCUGUCAAAUGGUUUAACCACAGAGGACUGAUAGUUGCCAGCACAUUUGCCAGUGCCCAGCCAGUUUGUCAAGUGGAAAGAUGGGACAGGAAGUUAAAAAAGACUAUCUCAGUUAAAUGCCCAAGCAUAAUCAGCAUCUAUAACCAGUUUAAAGGUGGUGUUAAUAGUCUUGAAGCACUUAUUUCCAACUUUCCAAUUCAGAUCAAGUCCAGGAAGUUCUAUCAUAAGUUAUUUUUUUAUUUCAUUAAUAUGGUCAUUGUGAACAGUUGGCUCCUAUAUCAACGUGACUGUGAUUUUCUUAAUGUUCCAAAAAAGAUGCAGAAAGACUUCCUUGAUUUUAGAACGUCAAUAGCACAGGCGCUGUGUCUGCAAGGGAAGGAUCUGUCUAGGAAGAGAAGUGGUCAACCUUAUUCUGAAAUAGAGAAAGAGUUUGAAAAGAAGAAACAGCGAGGUGCCACUAAGGCUAUCCCGACACAGGAGGUGCGCUCUGACUCUGUGGGGCACUGGCCUGUGAUGGAGACAGUACGACAGCGCUGCAAACGGCCCAACUGCAAGGGCCUAACUGUCAGUAAAUGUGUAAAGUGCAACGUUCACUUGUGCCUCAGCAAGAGAAAGAACUGUUUUAGAGAUUUCCAUGAGUAGGACUUUGUUGGACUAUGUUUUGUAUUUUAACUUUUUGUUAUUUAUGCUGUUGCUUUUGUCUACAAAACAUGUUAAUAAAAUAGUGGACUGUGUAGACUAAGUGGAAGAUCUGUUUGUAUUAUUGAUAUGUAUAACUGGAUUUGAGGAUCUGAACAAUAGAAAAAUAAAACCUGAUUUGAGCAGAUUAC